AUGCAGAUCAAGGUCUACUACAGUGCAGAUGCAGGCAAGUUUGCUUCACUCAGUGUGCAGCCGACGGACACGGUCAAGGCUGUGAAGCAGAAGAUCAUCGCGCUGCAUGCGCCGCCGGACUGGGCCAAUGAAGCGCUCUUGUCCGAGAAAGGCUCCCAGAAUUACUUCGAGAACAGGAAGCAGCUUGCGCAGUGCGGUGUCCAGGAUGGGGCAACGCUGAAGUUUGCCUACGCCCGGAACCUCACGACUUUGGAGAAGGUGGAGCUUAGCUGUCAGGGUGUCGGCACUGGCACUUACCAGCUCCCAGCGAUGGCCAUCAGUACGCUUCCCGCGGAAUUCUCGGGAGCCUAG